AUGCAUUCAAACGAUGACAGACGAGUGACAAGAAUUCUUGACAAGGUUCCCGUGUUACAGCAACCUUCACUCAAAAAUGAUGGGCAAGCACCGGCAAACGAACCCAGAAUCAAGCCAGGUCCUCUCCAACCAGGUACCCGCCCAAUCAAGAGGACAACCACACCAUCUUCCUCGGAGCCUCCUGCUAAGGUCAUCCGAGGGUUCCCUAGGAACUUCGCUCUCCAAGCAACUGGCCAUUUGGAGAACAGUAUCGGCUGGGAUGGAUCUAUAAGAGAUGAAUCGCCCUGGGAUACGUUCAAGCCGUACUACGAAUGCGAUCUAGCUGGCAAUGUUUCUGUUUGUAUCCGGUCCUCUGGCAAUCGAGCUGCACGGGCGAUCCGUCGAUACCCUAAUGAAGAUGCCGACAGAAUUCUCGGAAUCCUCCGUUCCAUAUCCCAUAAAAAUGUGGCUUCCGUUAGGGAGUGCUUUCGCACUUCUGAUUCCUUGUAUACUUUAAGCAAAUUUGAUCCUCUCACCCUAGAUCAUGUUGUCGCCUGUGUAGCAUUUCCAGACCAGGUUGAGCUAGCUGCGAUCAUGUCCCAGAUUCUUGACGGACUAUCGCAUCUUGUUGGUCAAAAAUUUUAUCAUCCAUAUUUGGAUUGUUCUAGCAUUCUGAUGAGCCUUGAGGGGGAGAUAAAGAUUGCGCGGAUUGACUGCUGUGUCAUCAAACAGACAGGCAGGCUAAAUAACACUGAUAUGGCUCCUGUAACCAAAGUCAUGAUGGAAUUGAUGCAAAAAUAUUCUAAAGAGGAGGGGGCUGUCGGAAUUGACAAUCUUGACCGCUGGCAAAACUGCCCAGCCGCCAUCGAUUUUCUGUCUGCCACCAUCUCGGCUAGCUCAUUUGAGGAACUGAAAAAACACCGCUUUUUAACAGAAACCCGAUGGUGUCCGGGCGAUCUAAUCGGCCUCGCAUGA